AGCCGGAGGUGUUUGUACAAGUCAUUACACAGUCUGUGGGAGGUCCAUGACGGUCCAUGUAAACUGUACCCGUGACUCACACAUCUCACAAUGACGGCCUACCUAGCUGCUGUUUCACUGCUGUGUCUGUUGGCCACUGUACAGUCGCAGGACAUAGGUUGCCCGGAUGCUGACCCUACCUUGACCCCGUGGAACCCCGGCCAUGAUUGGACGGCGCAGGUGGUUGUGGGAAGGGGAGAGUACUACCUCCUGCAGUCUUCAGCCGCGUUCUUCUCACUGGAAAUCAAAGAUGGAGGUAGGGUUGUGUUUGCUGAUCCUGGUCCCUCCAGUGACACUGAAAUCACCCUGUCCUCGCGUGAAAUCACGGUCAGCGCGGACGGAGAGUUCCACAUCGGCAGUGAGACGUGUCCGUACCAGGGGAGGGCCACGGUGACUCUGUACGGCCGCUCAGAUGACCAGCGAAACAGCAAACAGUUUCUGGUGGCGCCCGGUGGGACUUUGGAGGUCCACGGGAGACGCAAGCUGGGCUGGACACAGCUGACACAGACCGUGCCUGCUGGAGGGCUUCCUAAGGGUACCUACAUCUGGGACUCGGCGCCUAUGUGGACACGUGGCAUUCACGUCCGAGUCUUUGACGAGGUCUCCGGACAACACAUCGGUACGGACAGGUUCGACACGGUGAACAGCGCGGAGGAGAGCCUGCGUCUGGCGGCCUUCAUCGACCAGCUUCCCGCAGGGAGGAUCGUGGCACUCGCUGUGUUGAACACCGCUCAUGCAAAACUGGACGACACGGCAAAACAGAGGAUAAGAGAACUAGGAAGUGUUGAGGUGGACCUCAUGGGACACAGGCAUCCCUGGGCGAUGGUCAGUGUGAAGGGAGAUCCUAGUGUUGCUGUAGAACAACGGCUCCCAUACGUGGAUGCUCAGACUACCGGCACAGCUACAGCCACGGCCACUCUUCAGGCGUUCUUCGGUUCAUUCAGGGUUACAGCGACAAGUGAAUGGCUGGGAGGAAACCCGCGAUGCACGUUCGCUGUUGAUGGCGUCGAUCGUGAUGGGUUUGUCAUCAACCUGAAAGAUGACGUCAGCUCCUGGCAGCCCGGUGACCAGAUCGUGCUGGCCAGUACCGACUACCAGAUGGAGCAGGCAGAGGAGUUCACACUACUGCCGUGUGACGAGUGCUCAGAUCGACAGGUCAAGAUCAACGGACAGGCCAAGUACAACCACUUCGGAGAGGUGACAGACGAUGUGGACCUCCGUGGAGAGGUGGGCCUGCUGACCAGAAACGUCAAGUUCCAGGGCUCGGUGGAAGACAGCUGCUAUGGAGACAACUUCUGUCAGUUCUUUGACUACGACACUUACGGAGGACAUCUCAAGAUUUUGGCCGGUUUUAAGAACGUGCAUCUGUCCGGAGUGGAGUUCACGCGGAUGGGUCAGCAGCUAGUGGCCGGCAGCUACCCUGUCCACUUCCACAUGGCCGGAGACGUGGACGAGGCCGGAGGCUACAGCCGGCCCACCUAUGUCCGAGACCUGUCCAUCCACCACUGUUUCUCCCGCUGUGUCACCGUACACGGCACUCAUGGGCUGCUGGUCCAGGACACUGUUGGGUACGACACACUCGGCCACUGCUUCUUCCUAGAAGACGGAAACGAGCAGCGGAACGUUCUGGACCAUAACCUGGGGCUGGUGACGCGGCCCGGCACCUUACUGCCGUCUGAUCGGGACGAGAACAUGUGCCGCAGUCUGACAGGCGCCGUGUACGGGGACUACAGGCCUGUGCCGGGGAAAGAGUGCAAAGGCGUGUCUACUUUCUGGAUCGCUCAUCCCAACAACGUGCUGACAAACAACUCUGCUGCAGGAUCUGCGGAGGUUGGAAUCUGGUACAUUUUCCACAACGCGCCAACAGGCCCGUCUGCCGGGUCCCUGCCAUACAAACAAGCCGAACGGACCCCGCUAGGCCGCUUCUACAACAACAGGGUACACUCCAAUGCAAGACGAGGAUUGGUGAUAGACGACCGUGUGAAGACAACACAAGCUUCUGCCCGGGCUCCCCAAGAGUACCUGUCUCUGGGAGCACCAGGACAAGGGUACUUCCCCCACCAGAAUGCAGACCUGUGGCAGCCCCGUGAGCCCGCCAUGAUAGAAGGACUGAUCGCGUACAAGAACCAGGCCGGAGCGUGGAUCAGGGGAGGGGACAUCUGGCACGAUAAAAACGCGUUUGUGGACAACGGUGUGGGUCUUACAAUGGCGAGUUCGGGAUUUUUCCCAAAGGACGUCGGCGGAACCCAGCAGAUUCGGAACAGUAUUUUCAUCGGUGAGAGCGCGAACGUCGGUACAAACAUACCGGGAGUAUCAGCCUGGGGAGUGGGCGGAGUCAGGGCUGUGGAGAGGAGCUUUCCGAGCUCAGUAUCCUUCCCAAUGCGAGGUGUUGACUAUUACGACGGUCCGACCAUAGCCCGGAGCUGCACGUUUAAGAAGUACGCCUCGGCACCGGAGUAUAACCGCUGGAGCAGCGCCAUCGGCUGGAGACUCACGAACGACUGGCACAUGACGCCGAAAAACAACGCCACCAACCUGAAGUUUGAAGACGUGCAAACCCGCGUGUUCACUACCGGACCAAACAUCCCCCACAUGUCACACAACAGGGAUGGAGACAAGAACCAGAUCUUCCACGACCUGGACGGGAGCGUCACGGGCUAUCCUGACACGUACGUGGCGAGGCAGGAUAACUACCUGGUGAAGAACCCGGGGUGUGUGGACAAGCCGGAGUGGCGAGCCAGUAUCUGCAGCGGAGAGUUUGCACAGGUGCUCUUCCGUGCCCUCCCGGCGGCCCCCCGUACAAUGACGAUUGUCCGUGACGAGUACCCGGAUCAUUCGAUGACCAUGGCGGGUCCCAGAGAAAUGGCCACUAAGAACUACCAGCCUGUGGUGACGCUACAACAGUCAUACACCAUCCACUGGGACACACGGGCUCCAGAAGAGAUCGACAUCUAUCUCGAGAACUUUGACAGCGGAGAUUGGGUUCGCCUGGGUCUGUGCUAUCCUCCGGGAACCACGUUUGACAUCAAGUACCAGCUGGAGCGGCGCAUCAACAAGAAGGUGACGUACGAGGAGGACAUGUCAGCCGUGUCCAGUCUGACUGAAGUGGAGGCAGGCAGCGGAAAACUCUUCUAUUUCGAAGAAAGCACAGGCCUACUGUUCUUAAAGGCGCGCGCUCAUGAGGUCCGUAGCGGAGACGACUACUGCUCGGAUGCGGGCUGUGAGAGGAUCGUCAUCACGGCCACCAUGACAGGUGACCAGGUCAGCGACUGCCGAGCCUCGGCCUACCCCAAGUACAGCCUGACCCCAACACAAGCCGUUCCCCUGCCGAGCUUCAUGAGUAUGGUUCAGGACUGUUCAGGGUGUGGAGCUCAGGAACCGAUCGUGUUUGACGCUGCUGUCCGGUUCCUGGAAGUGACUGCUGUGUCUGCAGGUUGGGAGGAGCUGCAGCUCGGACACCGUUCGUACAUAGAGAUAAAUGGGAUCCGAUAUAACCAUUAUCCUCGAGGGUACUUGGUCCUUAGUGUUGAUGCAGUGUCGGGUUCAGUGACUCACCAGGCCACCUUCAACACAUAUGCUAACUCGGACAUCGACCUCGCAAUGGCCAACUUCAUACGGAACGACAUUCCUCAAAAUUCCAUAGUGGUGGUGACAGUGCGGGACCGGUCCAGCAGGUUUGCCCAGGAAUGUCUGGUCGCUCUGAGGGAGAUCGGUGCAGCGAAGCCAGUCACAGGCAGCAAAGGUAAUUUUGCGAUGGUUGGUUUCAAGGGGACUGUCUGGCCCAGCUGGAUCCAACAGGUCAACCUGCGGUCCACUCAGGGUCCGGCACAGAUCUACACCAAGAUUCCUCUCAUGGGAUAAACUGGUUAACUGGAGGGACCAAUCAACGAUCCUUUGUCUUUGAUGGUAUUAAAAUAAAACCAUUGACAUGACUUGGGUCACAUGUCUCAAACCU